UGUCUUUGUUACUACCUAGCAAGGAAGUGUUUUAAUUGAUUAAUUAAUUGAUUAUUAUAAAAUAAGUUAUUUAAAAUGUUAUAGAUUUAAACUUUUAUUCACAACAUGGCUUGCUUAGAAAAGUUGAUACAAGUAAUUUUUCUGUGUUGGUUUAGUUUCCAAAGGAGCCUUCAGUUUUUGUGACCGUUGCACAUCACCAUGCCGGACUGAAGAGAGACGCCGCCAGUAUUUGGUUGGAGGAUAUCACACGAUCUUCCUUUAAAACAUGUUUAAGAGAACUGCAAAAUUACGCGGGCUCACAUGAGGACAUCUAUGUCGUAUGUAGCAUACUUCAUUUUUUGCCUUUUUACGUCCUUUCUCAGCAUUAUAUUUGUUGCGCGUUGAAUUGUCUCAAAUUACAUAAUGUAGCGAAUUUUCUCUUUCUUUCCAUUUUCCUUUUCUUUUCUUUUUCUUUUCUUUUCUUUUUCUUUUUUUUUUCUCUUUUCGUAGAACUGGUUGGCUUUUUCGUCACUUGACAAGCCCAUGUUCUCAGAACACAGUUCAGUUUAUUUUGCAAACUCUCAGAAGCCUGCAGUCUGGAAUAAUAACGCAUUCUGCAAGGUCAGUAUAAAAAGUAUCUCGCUUAACUUUAUUUUUUGUCACGUUUUCACCAUACGUUAAUUUGACGGCUCUUUUCAUCGAUUUUGAAAUUCAUUGUAUGUUCUUUUAUUAGGAUAUUUCCUUUACCAAAUUGUACAAGAAUGCCCCAAGUGUAUUUGUAUCAGCGAAUCACACCUCCAGUGGGGGAGGUCAGGAUCCAAUGCACAACUCCAUAACCGCUUGGGUUGAGGUGAGUCAGUGACUGCUAAAACUUGGACAUGUGGAACGGUAUCGUGAGCUUGUGAUCCUUGUUGAGCUUGCUUUCAUGGCAGUAAACUAAUAGUGAUUAUAAUGUGUAGGAAAUGGUUCGGUGAUAAAAAGACGUGCUAAAAAAUGAUUGAACUAACAUGGCUCCACACAUGUUUUCUUGCAUCUAAAGUUACGUUUUCCUUAAUUUACGUCAUAGUUCCUUAAUUUGCGUCAUAUCUUCUUUGUUCCCGGGGGAUUUCAGUGACAAGACUAAGACCAAUGGUGUGUCAAAAUGGCCUCAACUUUGAACGUUUAAGAAAAAAAUCUAUGAAACAAACAACGUUGUGUUCGCGUCGCAAAAUUUUUCCGCAGGCGAUCGAGGUUCUCGCAGUAAUGUGUACUUUCAAAUAAUAAUAAUAAUAAUAAUAAUAAUCUUAAUAAUAAUAAUAAUAAUAAUAAUAAUAAUAAAUGUUAGGUUAUGGGCACUUAAACCAGUUUCAAUGACGUAAUGACUUAACGCAGUGCUUUAAAAGUCGAUAGAACUGUAUUUUAAGGUACCAACAGUAAUCAGAAGCAAAUUAAUUUUUUGUCUAGACUAAGACAUGAUAAUUUAGGAUUGGUGAAUUAAAACAUGUACAAAUGAUCAUCUGUUUUUGUUUAUUUUGUUUUAUUUAUUUUAUUUUUAAUUUUUAGUACAUCAAUACAACAGGGGCGCGAGUGUGUACAAAGGAAUUGUACGACUCAAAGUACGACCCUCUCUCCGUAUCAUAUACUGUCUUGUCAGGUAAAGGGCGACAUCCUUAUCAGACUAGGAACUCUUUUACAUAGAUACAGCUAACUUAAUAUUAACCAACAAUAUUAACCUGAAAGGCGGUGCUUAAGGUAAUCCUAAACCGGUUUAUUCCAGCACCCAUUAAAGCGUGGAUGACAUUGCAAGAGUGGAUUUCUUUUAAGACGCCUCGGUGCGAGUUGCCGUUGUGAAGCACUUUUUUAACUUGAUGCGCAUUAAUUAGUACACUUUAUAUACUGUUAGUAUGAUUUCAUGCAGUUUUUAAGUGUCUCUAGCUUAUUAAAUGUAGGCACUCGAUAUAUUUAUGUUUAUCAAACGUAAGGUACAUAGAGUGAUAACUAUCCGAGGUAAUUGGGUAUCUUAAUUCCACAAAUGUUGCAUCUAUUUCCCAGGUAUUUGCCAACCAGGUUGGAGCUAUUUUAGUGGCUACUGUUACUUUACAAGUCGCACUUGUGGCUCGUGGCUCACUGCUGUAUCAAACUGUUCUACGAUGAGUUCCAGUUUGGUAACAGUUCACAACCAGAAUGAAAACGUCUAUAUUCAACACCGUCCCAACGGAGAGAGAUCCUGGAUCGGACUCAAUGACCGAAGUGUGGAGGGCUCCUUUGUGUGGACAAACAAAGAAAUAAGCAAAUUUAGGUUCUGGGCCCCACAGCAACCGAACGACUGGAAAAACGAAGAUUGUGUUCACACUCUUGGAGCCAAGCAUGGUUACACCUGGAAUGAUGUGCCUUGUCAUAACUGCUAUAACUACACUUGUUUUAAAGGUAUUAGGCAUACCAAGAUCAUUAAUAAUUAUGUUUUAUGAACCUCUGUUAGCAGAUAGUGCCCCAAGACAUUUAACUACAUUAACUCUGAAUUAUAAAUGGUUCAAGAACAUGAGCUCAGGGCAAGCUUUGUAAGAUCCUUUUUGCGAGUCACGUUUUUCCCAUAUGUUAUUUUCUCUCGACAGUUAGUUACACAGCUAUAUACAAAGGAAAGGAAUUCUUCACUUUUAAGACAGGAUAAGAGUAAAGAGUGUUUAAUUUCUUCACUAUGUGAUUUUCCCUUUUAGACUUGGAUGAAUGUACCACUGGUUCCCAUUCCUGUGACGUCAAUUCCGUUUGCCAGAAUAACGCGGGUUCAUACACAUGCUCGUGUAAUGCCGGGUACACAGGAGAUGGAAAAACCUGCAAUGGUAUAUUUAUAGAUAAUAAGUAAACUGAGGCCGCGUCCACACGAAUCCAAAAUCCAAAAGGCAGUUCUCAAAAAUAUUCGGUUCGUGUGGGCGGAUUCUGAGAGGGCAAUAAAGUCAAAAAAUGGCUGAAGGGUGCAAUUCCUACGGGGUGUGAAACAAACCCUUAACACUGUCACCUGCCUUGUUUCGCAGAAAAAUAAGAAAAAUGAAUACUCUGACCUUAGCAACCAAGAGUAAACUAUCAAGUAGAUAAUUCAAAACACCUGCCCGUUUUUGAUUGCGUGUUCCCCCAGCUAAUUUUUCAUAGCCAUCUACCGUUAACCAAAUUUGGAAGAUGUUUGCAGAUAUCCUCAGAGAUGAGACUAGUAAGACAUCCUCGGAAACCUAGGGGCAGUUAGUUAUGCCGUUUCUCCUGACUCGACUGAGGCCCCUGCUACACGAAUCCGGAAACCGCAUAUUUCUUUACACAACUGUAUUCGUAUGGACGAGGCCUUAAACCUUUCUGGAGCGCGGUUUGAGAAAGAUGCAGCUUCGGUGAAAGGAUUCAUAGGUUUCAUGUGGACGAAAGGCCGGUUCGUGUUUAAAAAAUAUAUAUAUUGGCUGUUCCAAAAAAUAUCCGGUUUUGUGUCGAAUCUGGCUUGACUGCCCCUGGGUUCCCAGGAAUUUUAACGGUUAAUUAUUCAUCAAAAAAAAGAUAGCCGAAGGCUUGGUAGUUCGGUUUUGGUAAUGCUGGAGAAAAUGGCGAACGUUAACGGCAAAGCAAAACAGCAAACAUACCACUCGACCGAUGACAGCUGCCCAUGAAGAUAAAUAUUUUCCGGCUAGACUAAACUUGCCCUUAUUUCCUGAAUUUUCCGAGGAAGAGGCAAAUGUUAUGCAGACGAAACUUUACAUCGAUGAAGAAAAGCAUGAUUUAAGGUUUUGAAAUACCUUCAAUUAAUUAAACAAAUGUUUGAUUCUGCUUUGUAUGAUAUGAAGAAUUAUGCAAGAAGGGGAGGGGAAGAGGGUAAAAAUAAGGAAGCCGAAUCCAAUAAUUGCUGAAUAAUUGAUCAAAGUUACGCUGAACUGCCAUCAGGCAUAUGCAAAAUCUCUUAUCUUUACGCCAAGCUUCACUACAUUUUCCCAGAUAUCGACGAGUGUUCUUCCAAUGCCCACAGCUGUGGCGUCAAUGCGGUGUGUAACAAUACUGUUGGAUCGUAUGCAUGCGCAUGUAAAGCAGGAUAUUCAGGAGAUGGAAGAAAAUGCACUGGUAAGGCGUUUUGAUCUUUUUCUAAAGGUGACUUAGAAGAAAGGGAUACUGUAAAUGACUCCUGUAUAAACUUGUUCAUACUCGAGUACAGACGAAAAAGGUUUUUGGUAGGUAAGACAACAACAAAACCAACAACAGAAACAAUCAUAUACUUUGUUCAAUAGGAAUUAACUUAGAGUACUGGAUGCCUGGUAUAGCCGUUAGACAGCCAUUAGUAGCGAGGCAGCCAGAUGAUGUGAUCAUUAAAUGAAAAUAAACCAUGAAGCCCGUAAGCAGCAGUCUUUUGCUGCGGGGUCUGGGGCGCUGGUUUCGGAACGAGGAGGGUACGCAGAUGGGACUGUUAUGACUAGAAGUAUUAUCAUAGAUUAGGGAGUGCCUUCGACAUGGGUAAUAUAUUGCCGAAAAUAGAACCUGAUAGGUAACGUGAAGGCUAAAACGGUGUGUUACGUUUCAUUUUCUGGGUUUAAUUCGCAUUUUGGCUAUUUUGUUCGUUCAUUGUGGAGCGCUGUUUUGUGAGGAGUUUGAAUGGCCUGAGAAAACAGCCGAAACUUCGCGACGUCACCGCUGUUUUCCCCACGAAAUGACAUCUGAGAAACGAGCGCAAAAUUUCCACCCUGAUGACGCGCCACUACCCAGCUGUGAGUAGUGCUUCUGAUUAGUUGAAGCAAAUUUUCAGCCAAACAGAUCCAGGUAGUGACGUCAUCAGGAUGGAGUUGUAAAGGAGCUGAGAAGCAUAUUGUAAACUUUGAUUUGUGGGGAGUUUUAGUUGAUAAAUCCGGUUGGAUAACAAAAUUAGCAGUCAGGAUCAAUGCAUUAUUCAAAGUACUUUUAUCGCGACUCCUUCUUCUUUGGAUAUGUGAAACUUUGGAGGGCUCUUCGCAAAGAAAAAUAAACGUCAACACGAUGCACUUCAGCGCGUCCACGAAAAUUGGCAGUAACCUUUCAAACUCUAGCCUAAGAAAACAGCCGACAUUUCAAGACGCUACAACUGGUUUCCCCUCGAAAUGACGUUCGAGAAACGAGCUCAGAAACUCCAUCCUAAUGAUGCGUCACUACCUAGAUCUGUUUGGCUAAAAAUUUGCUUCAGCCAAUCAGCAGCACUACUCACAUCUGGGUAGUAACGCGUCAUCAGUAUGGAAAAUCUGCGCUCGUUUCUCAGACGUAAUUUCGUGGGGGAAAAAGUGGUGGCGUCGCGAAAUUCGACUGUUUUCUCAGGCUAUUGAAACUUCUCACAAAACAGCGCUCCAUAAUGAAAAAACAAAAUAGGCAAAAUGCGAAACCCAGAAAAUGAAACGUAACACAUCGUUUUAGCCUCCACGUCACGUAUCAGGUUCUAUUUUUCGGCGAUAUGCCUAUAUGUGUUAAAUCUCAAUUCUAUGAGGAGCAGAUCAAGGAAAAUUUUUAUUAUUACUUAUUUUCAAGCUGCCUGCCGAGAAACACGUUUUAUUUGGGAAAUUUAAGUGACAUGCACAUGGCUGAGCAGAUGACGCGAUCACUAGACAAAACCACAGGGAGCCCACACAAUAGGUUUGUGUAGCCGAUUGUUAUUUUAUAGUAAAUGUACUGGAUUUACCGUUUGCUUCACCUAUAGCGAUAUAUCGCUAACUAUGUAUAUAAAUCAAUGAUAAAUAAACGUUGAAUUACCUUACCUGUGGUGUAUAGUCGUCCUUUUGCCUCAAAAGCGGUUUUUUGAGCGAUUUUGAAUGAAUUUGAGUUCGCCGUUGACUGUUCCAUAUAAUAGAAGGACAAGGGAGGAAUCGUUGUUUUGAAAGGGUUCCAGCGCCGGAGCGAUUUUCACCCCCCAAAUCGCAUCGCGCCGCUUUCAAACUUCGCAGCAUAAAGGUUAAAAUAUUCACGAUUCUUCUCGUACCUUCCAAUCGAAAAUCCAUCCAAACGGCCCGGAGCUAGCCCUCGAAGAAAAUCAAAAUCCCACAGUAUUCGAGCGACUGGAAUUCGUAGCAAGAUCCAUACGUGCCAGCCAGAAACUGUCCCGCUGAUUGCCUCUUUUUGAUUGGAUGUCGUUAAACAAAUGGUUAAGUAAUAACUGAUGAAGAAGACUUGGUAAGCGUUUGUUGUUUAACGACAUCCAAUCAAAAAGAGGCAAUCAGCGGGACGGUUUCUGGCUGGCACGUAUGGAUCUUGCUACGAAUUCCAGUCGCUCGAAUACUGUGGGAUUUUGAUUUUCUUCGAGGGCUAGCUCCGGGCCGUUUGGAUGGAUUUUCGAUUGGAAGGUACGAGAAGAAUCGUGAAUAUUUUAACCUUUAUGCUGCGAAGUUUGAAAGCGGAGCAAUGCGAUUUUGGGGGUGAAAAUCGCUCCGGCGCUGGAACCCUUUCAAAACAACGAUUCCUCCCUUAUCCUUCUAUUAUAUGGAACAGUCAACGGCGAACUCAAAUUCAUUCAAAAUCGCUCAAAAAACCGCUUUUGAGGCAAAAGGACGACUAUACACCACAGGUAAGGUAAUUCAACGUUUAUUUAUCAUUGAUUUAUAUACAUAGUUAGCGAUAUAUCGCUAUAGGUGAAGCAAACGGUAAAUCCAGUACAUUUACCACAGGCAGACCACCCUCUGUUAGUGGGCGCCGUUGUUGAUUGAAAUCUGAGCAACGAUCUUUUGUUAUUUUUAGAAGAAAUACAUAUGAACAAUACGGUGGCUGUAAUUUGUUCCAAAAUGCAGAAUUCAAAGCAAAUUUUUCAAUAAACGUUUGAGGAAAAUGCUAACUGAGCCAUGUGUCAUGUUUUUUUCGCCGUGUGGUGCUGUUUUAAGCGCUAUUUUGCGAGAUGAAUAUUUGACCUCGGCGGUUAGAACUAAAGAAGGAGACAAGGCAGGCAGCAAUCAGCCGCCCGUGCGUGACCCAGUCCAAUUUACGCUGGAACUGACGCCAAACUAUUUAAUUUCUUACCUCGAAAAUACCGGCUCCAGAUCCAGUAGAUAUGUAUCCAUGCCCCAUCCGAAUGAGAGCUCAGUCCUUCCAAAAGUUCUCGAGAAAAGCGAUCCUGAAGUUGAAAGACCAGCUUUCUCAACAUGACCGGUGCACAAAACUCAACCAAAGGCAUUUGAGGUAUGUACAUCGAUUCAAAUCCACCAAUCAGCGUAUCACGACCGUUGGCAGUUCAAAACCACAACCCUACCCCGCACAGGGAUGUUUGUUUGGUCGUGAUACGCUGAUUGGUGGAUUUGAAUCAACGCACAUACCUCAAAUGCCUUUGGUUGAGUUUUGUGCACCGGUCAUAUUGAGAAAGCUGGUCUUUCAACUUCAGGAUCGCUUUUCUCAAGAAAUUUUGGAAGGACUGAGCUCUCAUUCGGAUGGGGCAUGGAUACAUAUCUACUGGAUCGGGAGCCGGUAUUUUCGAGGUAAGAAAUUAAAUAGUUUGGCGUCAGUUCCAGCGUAAAUUGGACUGGGUCACGCACGGGCGGCUGAUUGCUGCCUGCCUUGUCUCCUUCUUUAGUUCUAACCGCCGAGGUCAAAUAUUCAUCUCGCAAAAUAGCGCUUAAAACAGCACGGGACGGCGAAAAAAACAUGACACAUGGCUCAGUUAGCAUUUUCCUCAAACGUUUAUUGAAAAAUUUGCUUUGAAUUCUGCAUUUUGGAACAAAUUAUAGCCACCGUAUUGUUCAUAUGUAUUUCUUCUAUAAAUAACAAAAGAUCGUUGCUCAGAUUUCAAUCAACAACGGCCCCCACUAACAGAGGGUGGUCUGCCUGUGCAUUUACUAUAAAAUAACAAUCGGCUACACAAACCUAUUGUGUGGACCCCCUGUGGACAAAACUUGUUAAAAAGUAAUGGCUUAUUAUUGAAAGUCAUCCCUCGAAAUAAACCACGCGCUUAUCAUGUGACUAUUUCAUUUUCAUUUGGUCCUUGUUUGCAUAUAGUGAAAGUACGUAUCGCCUCAAUUCAAGGGAAUUUCUUGUGGCAUGAUUUCAAACUCUUCGUCUUCGCCAAAAAGUGUUCAGUUCUGAUUGGUCCCCAUAGAAUUUCUUUGCCUUACUUAAGUACGUUCACAGCUCGACAACGAAAGGGAAACGUUUUUGCGAUGAAAAGUCCUGAAAAUACUAUUUUCAGAUACGCAACGAAAGAAAAACGCACAUGACGCACUCGCGAGAAUGGAUUGGCUGCAAAGGCUGAGAGAGCGCGAUGUACACAAGGCCCUGCAAAAAAUAUCUGUGGGAGCGCCAUCUUAGUAACCACAGGAUUGUUUGGAAGGUCAAAACGUCCUGGCUAGAUCGUGUACAGGACACCCAAAAAAGAAAAACAGCCAACCACACACAAGAUCGGGGGGUUGCAUUCUAGUCGAGCGCAAAACUGCUACGGAAAAAUAGAUUUAGUUUAGAAAAAAAUGAAAUGUUAUUGUCCUCGUUCCUUUUUCCAUGACAUUAAAACUUGUCAAGACAGUGCAAACUCAAACAAUGUAAGUGCAAUGGUUAUUGUCCAGUAAGUGCAACGAUUGCUGAAACCUGUUUUUGAUCAAGUUUAUGUUAUUUCAGUCCGUUUCCCUUGUCUCCUGCUACCUCUUUACUGAGAAAAUGGGCGUGAUUAUACUUAUUGCUAUUUUGUUUAUUUCCAGAUAUUGACGAGUGUGCUAGCGGUACUGAUGACUGUCACAGUUCACGUGCUUUAUGUACAAACACAGCGGGAUCCUUUAAUUGUUCAUGUAACAGUUCUUACAUUGGAGAUGGCAGAACUUGCAAUCUACCAUCAGGUAAUUAGGAAAAGAUAACGAGGAUAAUAUAAGUAGGAAGAUUUUCUUUUAUCAAACCUGUACACUAGUGAGUGAUGCACCAUGCGCUGACCUUGGCUGCUUGAACGGGGUUUUACGUUUAAAAUCCAUUGGCCGGUUUAAAAGGAAAGCUUUUGAGUCCUUCGACCACUGUAUGUUCACGGGGAAUACCCUUGUUUGUUAACGACGUCCUGCAGGAAACGGCCUUGAGAGGGCACAGUAUUCGGCUCGACUUGUGGGCACGUCUACUUUAGUGCAAUUUAUACUGUUACUUUAAGGGGAGUUGACUUUCUCAAGUUUGCUAAUUAACUGCGAUAGCAGUCACUAUCUCUAUGAAAAACCGAACAACAAUAACGAGGCGAGUUAUAAGAAUUACCUAUAAGAUUAGGAAAUACACGUGAAUAAGUUUCUGAGUCAGAAGUACACGAACAAUUAAACGAUCGCUGUGUUUUUUUUUUUGUUGUUGUUGUUGUCUUUGUUCAUUUCCGUUUUGAUGGUAGUCUUAUGGAGUCUUAAGAGUUGUAUUCUUGAUUUCGGUUUUGUAAAACAAUCAGCAUAGUGCCCGCCAAACAAAUCUUGCGGUGCAAUAUUUUGAGCAACAGGGUAGGAUAAUGAGGACCCUGCUACGCGUCCUUUUGUCACUGGUCAAAUAACGUAUUCAAAGAUCGACUUUUUUGCGUAUGUUCUACAGUAUUUUGUUUUUCUUUGUUUGUUUUUACCCUUACGAAGAUUUUAGCUACUUGCAAAAAAAUGGCUCAAAUGGCGAAUUAUUGCCUACGUCAUGAAGCCGAGCAAGACGGGAAUAGCUGACCCUUAAGCUGUAUCGGGCAUCCGUGCUCAAUGCGUUUAGAAACUACGUUUUCAUUAUAAGUGACCUUGUAUAAAUAUACUAUGGUGGUUAUGCAGAGUGCUUAUAAGAAAAGACCUUUCAGUUAACAGUCUUUUGACAAUAUAACUGGCACAGAAAAAAAUCUCAAAGUCUAGCGAAUCUUUGUACGCAAAAGGCUUAUAAUCAAUUGUUAGUUGCCAGAACGUUGUUGCAAAUGUUAGUAUUGAAUGAUUGAAUCAGCUUCAUGAUUACAAAAUUGAGAUCUUUACCUGUAAUUAUUAAUUAUCCGUCAAUCCUGAAAUAUUCAAGCACUUUUUUUAUAUAUCCACGGACCUAUUUUCCCUGAGAAAUACUCGGCAAAGCUAAAGGCGGUACAUGAAUCCAUGUAUAGUCCUGUAUCAAAACUUAAUGUCGUAUGUAGCAAAGAUAACUCAUCGGUUUAUACUGGCACAAGUUAUGACGAUGCCUAACAUAUAAUGCUCAUGGGUAAUGGUGUUUUCUUCCUGUGUUGUUGUUGGUCAACGGUGAGGAUGUGGUUGGGGAAUUUAGAACAUGAACAGUUCCCCUCUUUUACCUCGAGCUCGCCCCGUGUAAGGAAUGCGGAUUCCAGAAUCCAAGAAAUUUUUGCUGGUGGAAUCCAGAAUCCAGGACUGUCUUGGGUUCCCUUAUAUCGGGCGAUCGAGCUGAUGUACAACUAACUGAAACGUUGCUAGCGACUGAUGUUCUUUCUCCUCUUUUGUGUCAGAAUGUCAGAACUACGGGAGUCUCAACAGCGGAAGCCGAAGGACUUCGUAUUACUGGGGCAACCAUUAUUGUGAUAGCAGUCUUGGCCCUGGAUGGUUCCGUUUCCAGGGGUCUGCCGGCACAAGAAUGGCAACAUCAUGUCCACCUACCUAUAGGUGUGGUACCUAUUAUCCCGGCUGGCUAAGUGGAGGACACUCCUCAGUAGCGGACGGUCAGGUCACCAGGACGGUGUAUUUUAGACGUGGUUACAACUGCUAUUAUUACUCAAGAACCAUAAAAGUGAGAAAUUGUGGUUCAUAUUACGUGUACUAUCUUAGUGGUACACCUACUUGUAAUCUCCGUUACUGUGGCACUAACUAGACACAAAUGCAAACAAAGUCUAUACAUAUUCUAUCAUUUCGCUAAAGUAGGCUUUAUUGUAAAAACAAAGUAACCAUCUAAAAGGAAGACUCUACUCACACUUUAACUUCAAUAUCAAUAUCUGUUUACAAUAACUUAAGCAAAGGAAGAAAAAGUGAGAUAGAACAACGUACUACUUUUAAGCCAUUUGGCAAAUUAUAGUGCUUAUAUUAAACUUAAACAUUUUUAUUAUGUAAUGGCGAAUUAAUUUUUAAUGACACUCUUCAAAGAAAGCUUUGCAAAUGACUUAAUUCAGGCGGAUUACAAAACUUUCCGAUGCAACUAGCACAAAAAACACAUCUCUCAUAAAAAGAUUCUAACUUGGAACCAGACCUUUCGGGGCUUGAGACGUGGGCUCCGCCCCGCUUACAUGCAAAUUUCAAGUAAACAAGAAAAAAAUCAUGUCAAUGAAAACUUAGAAAAAACUCCAAAACAUAUUAUGUCAACUGAAAUUAAUGCUAAUUACUGAGUCUAACAAUGGCAUGCAUUUGCUAAAUAAACUACGAUGGACAGCAUGAUAAUUAAAGAUGUAGGGAGUACGGAGUAUAAAACUGCUUCCUUGUUUUUUGAUCGGUCCAGGGAAGCACUCUGUGAAAUCGGGAGCGAAAUGGAUAUAAGGACUAGGGAUACAGUCAACUCUCGCCUUGCGGACACCCUGCUAUUACGGGCACCCCGGCAAUACGAACAGCCACUAAAUCCCUCCCUAUUGCGGACUUUUGUUUGCUAUCAAGGACACUAACUCGGGGUCCCGAGAGUGACCUGAAUAAACCAAAGUUGACCACACAGGGUUGAGCCCUGAUUUUUGGACUAUAUUAGAAUAGGAGUUUCAUUGAAAAAUAAAGGCACAAUUUAGUGGCAUUUAUAACCUCCUGCUCUUGUACGUUGGUGUAAUUUUACUUCAGAAUCCCUCAGGCUUUUCCUUUCUUGUGAAAACGAGGGCUUUGUUUUUUAAAACCUCGACGGGAUUACCAAAUUUUUCAUGAAGGAUCAAUCGAAAUGAAUUCAGGUCUAAGCAGUAAAAAGACGUCAUCUCGUGUCAUCAUUGCACACGGGAUAUGGAGCGAGACCUAUUAAGAUCAUUUAAAGAAUAUUAAAGAAGAUGCAUGUCCAUCUUAGAUAUAAUUAGUCCCUCUGGACAACUGGAAAAGACCGUGUUAAACUUCUGUCUAGUAGUAUGACGUAGUAGUGAAUAAAUAAAAUGCUGUUUGUCAGUUAAUUGGUUUGCCUUUUCAUGUUUGGUAUGCAUUAUAGCUGGAAACGGGGAGAAAAGAAGCUGUAAACGGCAGAAGGGAGUUUGAGGCAGGAAGAGCGGGUAAUAAGGCGCACAACUGAGCCAUGUUAGCGACCGAGGUUAGGCGACUUAUAACUGGCGUCCGUUACAAAUAAAAGAAUUAAGACAAUAGGGACCUUAAGAUUGAGGUUUUUCAGCAUUUCCCGAGAACCGCGAACGUCAAGAAGUCACCUGACCAGGACCUUGCCGUCAGGUUUGCGGUUUGAGGUUCACGUUUGUACGGCCGGACCACGCUCCGGAGGGAAGUGAUUUACUGCAAGGUUUAUUGCACCCUAAAACAUCACAAUCCCACGUUUGAGAAGAAAGAGGACUUUUUAGAACUCUUUUGCUUAUUGAUAAUCGAAUUUCAUUUUCAAAAAACUGUAAUUUUGAAGACAACAAUUUCUCAGCUAAAACAGAGGUAAGUGGAUGAAUGAAAACAAAAACAGCAGCCGCGAGCUAACACCCGCGAAUCUUAAACCCCAAUUAUGGCCAGACGGGUAGCGUGAACCGGGAGGUUCCACCGUGUGAAGAUAUACAUGUACUCGUUUCGUACCUACAAGACUAAACCAGCCUUUUAAUUACUAUUUUAGUUUUUCGCAUCUCUGGACUUCAAGAUAACGGUUUGGGGAUCAACGGACUCAUUGUUAUAGACGUCACUGAAAUAAUGUACUGCAUAAUGGUAGUCAGUUCUUGGUGUUGCAGAGAAGAAAACUUAUCGAUACCCACAAAACAAAACAAAAGUGUCGGUUUCCAUAACACCAAGAAACACCCAAGAUAACAUAUAGAGUUCUGACCAGUACUUCAUAGAAAAGUGCAAGAGUACGAUUUUUAGGCCACUUGAGCAAAGAAAACGGGAGGCAGGAACUGAAACGUUACGACAAGGACCACAUCAGCUGCCAUGAACUGAUCGGGUGGACUCAUGAUCAGGGUUCUUGGUCCACUUUUUACGAGAGAUAAAGAAGUUUCACUAUAAGAAAUAUAUGAACACGGUUCGUUGUAAAUUCGUUGUACAACGAAGGCGAAUGGUCACCUAGGGUGCUACAUACUUGAAAGGUCCAACUAACAUAGAUCACUUUUUCGUUAGACCCUUCUAACUAAAAUGGUUUAAAUAGAAGCAUGAGAUUGAGAUGUGAAAGGGCCACAAGCUUGUUUCAAAGAAAGGAAAGAUGAUAAAUUUUACGCUCGGUGAAACAAAUGUUAAAAUUCUGAUUGUCUCCAGUCCCGUCUCUAAAUUCUCAUAACUGGCACACGGUUACAUCAUUUGGAAGAUGUAGCUACCGUCCAUUGUCCUUGCUAAUAGUAGGCAUUGUGCACUGUUCAAACAACGACAGAUUUCUUUGGGUUUAAGCAGCAGAAUAGCGUGAUAUGUUUGAUUUUAAGCCAGUCUUUCUUCCCGUGUUUGACCCUUGUACAAUUUCAUUUUUUUUUCUUUCACCUCCUACUAUACACAAUUUUCAGUUCCUUGGCUUUUCGAAUUCGCCGCAGUCAUUGUUCCUACCCUUCGUCCUCCCAGUCUGCCUUAGUCUUUAUAUCAAUACAACAUUUGUCUGUGACGUUUUUUUUCGGAAAGCCCAGGGACACCCGGAUUAUACGGACAACAUGGCAUGCCCCUUUGAUUUCCCGUAUUAACGGGGUUCCCUUGUAAGUUCUUUUUGAAAAGUAAAAUAAAUGUUUUUCCUGAUCCUUUUUCCCAAGCUUUUGGUAUGGUGAAAAGCAAAUUGACGCCAGCUUUUUUCUGUUUUUAAAUCUUCCUCUAUCCCCUUAUUGAUAAUAAAAGUCAUAACAUUGUCAAAGUUUCGCAGUAGUAGAUCCAUUCACCUGGGGCUCGUGUUUGUAAAUCUACGGCCGCAACACUUUGACACUGAAUGUUGUGACGAAAUUUUUACGAAAAAAAAAACUCGCGUCAAUGUGUUGAACUGAACCAGUUUUAGCGCCAAAAAUUAUUGUUUAACCCGCCUACUAUUUCCCUACUUCAUCGUAUGUAGCAGAGAUCACUCAUCCAUUUGCAGUGCCUGCAGUGCGUGUUAUCCCAGUUCGUGUAGGGCGGGAGUCAACCGAGGAAAAAUGACUACAAAGCGGGGUGAAACUUAAGGGAAAUGGGACUUAGUUAGAGUUAGCGGGGAAUGUAUGGUUUCUAAGCUCUCCAUUUCUGGUGGCCAGCGAAAUGAACGACAGAGAACGCAAAAGCAAUUCAAAAAGCGUCAAAGCAGCCUUUCUAUCUCGCGUCAGCCUGCAAAAGCAGCCGUUUCUCCUCGCUUCUCGCCGCUUGGGACAAGCGUUGUAAAACAUUUUAACCGCAAAGCUAUCCAAUGCUUUCCAGCUUCUUCAAGUUUUGAUCAUUUUAACAAUUGUCUUUUUUCUAUGUUAGAAUGUCAAAAUUACGGGAGUUUGAACAAUGCUAACAGGAGGAUAACUUCUGGAAGGCGCAAUUAUUGUGAUAGAGGUAUCGGCCCUGGAUGGUUUCGUUUUGAAGGGUCCGCCGGCACAAGAAUGCCAACUUCAUGUCCACCUGUCCAAAGGUGUAACACUGAUGCUGCAGGCUGGUUGAAGGGUGGACACCCCACAGUAGCAGAUGGUCGGGUCAGGAGGUGGGUGUGUUUUCACAACGGUAAUAACUGCUGUCACUGGGCAAGAAACAUCAAAGUGAGAAAUUGUGGUUUAUGUGUACCAUCUUAGUGGUACACCUACUUGUAGUCUCCGUUAUUGUAGCACUAACUAAAAACAAGAUACAAGUAAAGUAUUACCUAUUCUAUCAUUUCGCUUAAGUAGGCUUCAUUGAACUGAAGAAAGAAAAAAGAGAAAAAAAGGAAAAAUCGCACUUAACUUCAAUAUCUGAAUUUCUAUAACUUAACCCAUUCGCUCCUGGAGAUUUUGCCGAAAAACGCGUUUUGAAGCUAGUCGAGUGGUUUUCUGGUCACUGUCGUGCCAUAAAGGGCUAAAACGUACCACAAACCGGUUUACAGGUCGUACACUUGGCGGCCUUCUGAUCCAGAUGCAAAACAUCAGCUUGCGAAGUUCAGGCAUGCGCAGAAAAAAAGUGACACAGCAGUCUUGACUUGUACUUUUCGCUUUUUCUCCUCCCUUCUUUUUUCGCUUUUCUUGCCUCAUUUUUUUUUUUUCUCUUGCUGGGCAUUUAGUAGGCUUCAUUUUGGUGGGAAGAGUUUUUAGGAAAGCUUUUAGGAUCUUAGGAUUAGGUGAAAGGAAAGGUAGGUGGGCAAUGGAACAAGAUUUUCAUGGAGAUUUUCAGGUCAAUGUCACGUGGUUUUUUGCUUCUUUCUCCGGUCUCCUUGACUGAAUUGUGCUCAUUCUGGUAUGGUUUGAAAGAUCUCUUCACUCUACACAAGUUAGCAAACAAAGUUGUCCUUGACCGUUAAAACUGAUGACGUCACAAAGGGUAGAAAGGACCUGGAUCCGCACGGGCGGUUACGGGCGGUUCAGGGGCGAAUGGGUUAAGCAAAGGUAGAAAAAAAAACUAUGACGCCGCACAACGUACAAUUCGCGUUAGCAAGCAAGAACAGUUUUCUUGAAACUUAAAAUGAGGAUAAAUAUUCUUUUAAGCCGUGUUAAAGAUCAAGUAAGAAAAAAAUAGUGGUAAUAGGACUUACCAGGAAGCAAAACUAGGUAAAAUAAUAUCUUACAAAAUUAGUAAUGCAGUUUUUUGUGUCACUUGUCACGAUGAAUACAGCUAUUUCGAGAAAGGUUGACGGAUAAAGUGCAGGCGACAACCCCGAAAGGUAUUGUGGGUGGUUUUGAGUUCACUGUUCAAAGAAAUUUGAUAGAAUGGCACGAGAGGCGAUGGACAUAUGUUUGCGAGUGCUAAAGGGAAGCAGCAAAGGUAGGUUCGACAGCUACAGUGUCAUGAACAGUGUAUUGAACAUAUCCCAUAUAACCUUUCGGGAUUGUCGCGUGCUCAUUUUUCCGUGAACUGAGUUUCUCGGAAUAGCUGUAUACACUGAGUCCAAGAACGCCUAGCCUGCGUACAGCAGACGUACUUCCGGUCGUCGCUCCUCUCCCUAAAGAACGCCAUGCACCUGUUAAAUAAACUACAAUGGAGAGAUGUUUUAACUUAGAAGAUAUGCAGAGAAGGGCGGGGUAUGAAUCUUCUUACUUGUUAUUAUAUUGAUCUGUAUAGGGAUGCACUCUGUAAGUUGGAUCGGAAACAAACUAUAAUUGUUCAUAACGACUAUUCUGUGUUUUCACUCACGUGGCCAGCGUCUAUGCAAAUUUAUUGGAACAAAAGAAAGCGUUUACAUAAGAAAAGAGUUCAAAUGGCCGCCGUUUUAUUGUUUUGGGACACAAAUAAGGCCGCCAUGACGGCAUGUGAAAACACACAAGAGGCCUACAGUCAACUCUCGCACGAUGUUGAGGCAAUUUUUGGAUUAGGAUUGGAGUCUCUUUGAGAAAUAAACGUACAGUUUAGUGAAAUACCUGUCACAUGCGUGUGUUUGUAUUGAGUGAUGACAAGGUUAUUUGCUCGUUGGCGUUAUUUUCCAGUUCUCACUACCAGAAUCCCCUAAACCCCAGAUUAAUACAUAAAGCGUUCUACCGAUUCAGAAGCUCAUCAUUUGAUGGGCUCUUGACCGAUUGAGCUAAACCCAGGCAGACGGUGGAGUUUUACUGUGUGAAUCAAGUGUGCAAGUCGCGUAGAACUCUUGCGGAAAUGAAACGUCAAUCCUGAAUUAGAUUAUUUUAAAAAACUUCGUUACACACCAAGACCGCACACCGCCAAACUUCACACCCUGUUUUAAGGCUUGGGGUCUAAAAAGAAACCAUGCUCAAGACACUCAAUAGUGAAAUUAUAUACCUCAAGACCCUGAAAGCCAUUUGAUAACAUGAUCAGCAGCACAUACCCGUAAAGGCCGAAUAUGGGAGUGCCCCUCCCCCCGGGCUAAUAACGCUGCCCAAAUAAAAAAAGUCAGCAAUGAAUUCUAGUUUCGUCACAGGCGGCCCAAACUCACGUUACGAGGAAAGGGUGACGCGUGACGUUUGUGCUGGACGCGCCGGUACGCACCGUGUUACAGGCGACCGUUGAAAAUAAGAGACUAUGUAUGAGAAAUCAAAUACUGAGAUUUGCGAACGCUAAAUAACGUCAAAUCUAAUUUUUCGUUCAAUGAAAUGAACAAGACUUACUAUCGAUGUAUUGGACCGUGUUUUGGUGUCUGCUUGUCGUUGUACUGUUUUUUUUGGCUUUAUUGCAUAACCACUGUUACUCCCUUCAGAAGACGAAGUCAAGGCUGGUCAUUUCGAAAAUAGGGUCCAUUGUAUUCCUCUAAGUUGACCUGUGUUUCUCAAUUGUGGUAACAAUCACUAGGACCGCGCAGUGAAAGGAGAAUUCACCUCUGCCUUGCCUUACUCCAAAGUUCACAGCAAAUGCCAAUCAACGUAUUGUGAAGAAUGAUAUUAGGGAUUUUAAGAUACCCCAUAGGCGACGGCGGCGAAAACGUCACUUAAAAAGUGACUUUGCAUUCUUUGAAACUUCAGGGCGAUUAUUCCAAUUCGCUAACUCUGCUAAAUGAAGACGAACUCUCUUGCACACGAAUACCUCAGAAAAAUGUCCAAGGGCAAAGAGAGUGAGGGAGAUAAAUUCGUCUUCUUUUGUUUGCGUUCUCGAUAAAACGUGAAAUUAGGCUGUACGGUGCGUCGUAACAAUGCAUUGACGCCAAAGAACUGUUCAAAAAAGUAUGCUGCGCGUGCAAAUUUGUUGUAGGCUAAGGCCAAGUAACCUAGAGAAUGAACGGCGUAGCCCUUUCCUUCUUGUAAACCUUCCGGCUUCUCUCCUAGCUUGCUGCAAAUCUUUUCAUCGAUUUGUCACAGUAAAGCCUGCAGGUUUCUAUAUGAUCGCACAGGUAGCCCAAGCUCACUAUGAGAGCCCUGAGCAACAUUAUCCAUUAGCUAAUUAAUUAUUCAUACGGCAACAAUUAUAAGGUGUUGUACGAGAAGUGUCCUACUUCUCCAUAAUUGAGCGAAACGUGCUUUAAAUUUUUCCUUUUAAGCUUGCAUGUAGUAUUUUAUUAUGUUUAUUUGUGUGUUGACUACGUUUUAGGCCUCUUAGGAUGCCAAGAACAACACUACCCUUCUAGGCUAAUUAACUAGUCAUAGUUGACACUACAGCUGCCCCGUUCUGUAUAUUGUCGGUCAAUAGUAUUCUUGCUCGUUAUGUAGCUCUUUGAAAUAUACCGAUUCAUAAUGAAGAUUUUCACACAUCAGUUCCAUACAAUAGGGGAGAUAAAUACACAGCUUUGAUCAAAAUAUUCUCAGUUUCGAGAACAGUUUAUUCUUAACCAUAAGAAAAUAUUUAAUUAGAAGUUGAAUUUGUCGCUAAUUCUCUUUCACUUUUUACAUUCAGUUCAUUUUAUUUGCCGGAAGGUAAGCCUUACAAAUUAAAAGGACGUUUGGUCGAUUCACGCUCGCGCAUUCUAGUCUUAUUUGAAACUUUAUAACGGAAGGACAUCUGUGAGCAGGGAAUAAUUGAGCAAAGGUUUCCAAUAUAAAUCAAAGACUUGUGAACUCGUGUCUGGCAAACUCUCCAAGUGUUUAUAUAUGUACAGUUAAACGCAACUUAUAACCUCAUCUGCGCUUAACGAGUGUCUUUUGGUCCAUAACUUUCAAAACAACUGCUCCACAGAAUGUCACUGCGUAACGCAAAAGGGUAUCGAAGUAUGACUGCACGAAUAAAUGUCACAAAAUCUACCUGAGCGGUCCCUUCGGGAUUUUCUGUCUUUACGUCAUCCUAACCAUUUCGUACUUGCGGGCGCAAACAAUAGAAACGUCAUCAUUACCUACCGAUUUCCCGCGGCCCCUGUUCAAGAAAAUCGCAAUUUUUUUCUAUAUUGACUGUAUGACUGUAUAUUUCAACUGUAAGUACUUUCCUUAAUAUACACGCGAGUCACUAGAGUGCCUCCUCGGGAUUUCGCCUUCUGGGCGAAAUCCCUGCGGUGGCAAUUAUUCAUACAGCCAAAAAAUUAUAAGACGUUGUAUGAGAAAUAUUCUUUGCUCACUAAACUAAUAAAAUGUGCAUUGAAUAUCGCUUUGAACUUACCUUUAGGCUUUUCUUGUUUUUCUUUGCGUUCUGACUGUAUUUCAGGCCUCCUAGGCACUGUUUAAUACCUCUUUUUGAACGACAGUUUUUCACCCAGAUGACAGUAGAGAGAAGAGAGAGACUAGAAUUUCACCUCCUUGACACCCAACCCUGAGAGGGAUCACAUGCAUUUUUGGUCCAAAGAAAGAUCGUCUGUAAGUGUAGUAGAGGUAUUUCUGUUCAGCGAUAGCAGCGAUCAUAGCGAUCAUAUAGAAACCACUCUACAGCGAUCGCAGCGAUCACAGCGAUUGCAGCGACAACAAUCGCUGAGAUGGAACUUUUUCUAUCUCAGCGAUUGUUGUCGCUGCGAUCGCUGGAGAGUGUUUUCCAUGUGAUCGCUGCGAUCGCUGAACUUUUUUUUCUCAGCGAUCGCAGCGAUCACGGCGAUCGUAGCGAUCAUAUGGAAACCAGGCUUAAGAGACAGAAAUACCUAUACUACACUUACAGACGAUCUUUCUUUGGAUCGAAAAUGUAUGUGAUCCCUCUCAGAGUUGGGUGUCAAGGAAGUGAAAUUCUAGCCAUAGUAAAUGUGUAGAUCUAAGCUGAUUCUCCAAGGCAACAACAACAACAAUGAAAAUGUAAAUCCACAGAGACUCCAGCUAGGAUGCUUUGCUGAAUUCAUUACUGUUGCAAUUAUUCUAGAAAACCGUACGCGUAUUAAUCAAGGUCCUUUUAUUCGCAAGUCGACAGUCUUGGGAGCUGCAAUACUGUCAAUAGUUAAAGAAGGAGAACUCUUAUCUUGACAAGUCGGGCGAGCAAAGAGAGCCUUGACAAAAGGUGUAAAUGAUUUAAAAUAGUUGGAAAAGUUGUUUGUAAAAGGAAUGAAAAAGGUAUAGAAAAUCCUUAUACGCUCUAUAAUCUUUAUGGCCUGAAAUGUAUAAUGAUGCAGUGGAAGACUUUUUUUGUCGUCGCACUCGGACUGGGAACAUAAUUCUAAGCGACAUAUUAGGUCAAAGAUAAAAAGAGUAACAUGCGACAAUCGAGAGGAAAUCGACGCCUACAUUUGUUAUCAGCGACAAAAAAGAGAACGCGGGUCAGAAACAAUCUACGCAGAAAACGUCCGGAUCUGCAUGUCUGCUCUCAUGGGAGCAAAGAAGUGUAAGGGGGGUUAAAAACAAAACAAAAGGAGCCUACGGGUGUGUACACCGUACAUACAUGUACUUCUAUUGUUCUUAUAUUUUAAAAACACUUUCCUGCAGUGUGAUACGAAAAUGAUUUUCUUGACUGAUACAAUUAUCCAACGAAUAUUCGCCCCCCUCGAUCCGCGACCUUUUUAGGACAAUGAUAACGUAUGUCCAUUUUAGGGUAUAUAGUGCUUCACUGCCUAUUUAAUUAACUGUCAAAGCAAUAGAAAUGAUUCCUCAAAGUGAACACAAUACAAAUAUCAUUUACAAGAGAGGAAGUAUUUCUUCAGUUAAAGCAGGAUGGUGGAGGGGGCUAGAGGAGGGAGCGCGUUGCCCUCGGACUAUACACGGAUAUAAAUAUCAAAGUGUCCAAAAUUCUUGGCAAUCUUUUGCGGGAAACUAAACGUUUCAUUUCAAGGACGGAAGGCAAAGAUUGGGGUGGGGCGCAUAAGAAAAUCUUAUUCUAAGUACUUCAAAGGACCUUACGCUCAAUGCGUUUGAUCAUACAAUGAAUCCGCCGAUAUCAUGGUUCAGAGUUAACGUUAGAUUAUAAAUGUUUUCUCUUACAGCAGUCAGUUUCAAAUCUGGAAAACUCGAUAAUAUCACUGCUCUGAAUGGCGAAGGGUUGUUUGCUUGUGAAAAACGAAAUCACGUUUGCAGAACCAUUCCCCAGUGGAAAGUAAGUAAAAGUGUUUGCUUCGCCUCCCUUACCAAACCAUAUGUAUUUUGAAGCUGAUUUUAAAGUAUUUAAAAUGUAUUUUCAGUAUUUGAACACUAUUUUAUUGUAUUUUAAUCCUAUUUGACAAAGAAAUUUAAAUUUUCGCCCCUGUUUGAAAUAUAUCUUGAGUGUAGUUAAAUUGUAUUUCAUGAAAACGAAAACCUCUCUCAUCAGUUUACAAUGUAUUUUGUUUAAUAAAUAUCAUUAAAAUAGGGUAUUUAAAGUGUAUUUUGGGCAUAGAACCACUAACACUGUUACAAACAGAGUUCAAAUAGACUAUUUGAAAUCUGUUUUAACGGCUUUUAUGCUGACUGUAUUUAAAAACUUUUAAAUAGGGUACUUUAACACUGUUUUGAGUUGUAUCUAAAAUGUAGUUUGAGACGCAUCCACUCACAAAGUUACAAACAUAGUUCAAAUAGACUAUUUGAAAUAUAUUUUAAGAGCCUAAAUGCUGACCGUAUUUUAAAUCCUUUUAAAUAGGGUACUUUAACACUGUUUUGAGUUGUAUCUAAAAUGUAUUUUGAGACUCAUCCACUCAAAAAGUUACAAACAGAGUUCAAAUAGACUAGUUGAAAUAUGUUUUAAAACCUUAAGAACUGACCGCAUUUUAAAUACUUUUAAAUAGGGUACUUAAACACUGUUUUGAGGGUAUAUUUGAAUUGUAGUUUGGACACACAACACUCUGACUAUAAAAACAGAUUAUACAUAAACUAUUUUAAGUCUGCUUAAAGACAUCAAAUGCUGUCACAUAUUUUAGACCGGAUUCUCUUCUCAACAAAGUUAAAAGCUGAGCGAAAAAUUAAAUCUAAAUUAAAUAAAAAAAGAGAAGAAAAUUAAGAAUAGAUUUUAGCUUUGACUGACAACACGUAACUGUGACAGUGUGCCGACAAGAGAUCAAUCCGUUCCUCAAUGUUCAUUACCUGCAAGCUCUCUGCGAAAAUCUCCUCGUAGAUUUUAGCCGUGAUUCAAUUAAUGCAGUUACGGCAUUCCAUAAGUUUUUUAAAAGAAACUUCUUAAGAUCGCAUUUUACUGGAAAUUUUUCACAAACAGCCGAGGCCGCGGGCCGAGAACCGGAUGCACGCGGUCAACAGAGGUUUAUCUAAAACUAGAACCACUACGUGGAACUUACCGGGGCCCAGUGGGAUACGGGAUUGCAUAGAUAUAGUUUACCUCUCGCACCCCUCCCCCCUCCUCUGUGGAGGCUAAUACUUAGUCUGAAUUAACUCAUGCAGAAGAAAAGCAACAAAAUGCAUGAGAAAGGAGGAUGUUGUUGUAAGUUUGUUCAGUGUUAUUACAGCGUACGGUCUGUGUUAUAGUAGUGUUUUUAGUAACACUGUGAUGUCAAUAAGUGUGAUCUGUAUAAGGUUUUCAUUUGUUUUUAAGUUUGAGUGAAAAAGCAAAAAUCACUGACAGUUUUGGGUUGAAUGGUAAUGACAAAGUUUGCAAAGAAGUUUGUUACAGAAUUAUCACAAUUUCACAUUAUCUCAAGUACGUUAUCAUCAGGUUUAUCAUUGAGAUUUAUUAAUCACAUUUAUCUAUUUUUUGCGAAAACACUGUGAAUUUGAAAUGAUAACAGACAUAAGAUAUUUUUGAAAUAGAUCUUUGUGGUCAUGGAUUGUUGUCUUGCACUGUAAAAAAUGUCAUCCAGUGUUAUAUACAGACAUAAUAAAAUGCUUAUUUAUUGAUGACUGAGUAUCAUUUGUUAAUUCAUUGCACAUUGAAAUGGAGGCACUUGAUUGUAAGGCAGUGGUUGAUACAUAGUGGCAUUCAUCAAUAUGGCCUAUAGUAAUUAUUGUAGAGGAAGUAUUUCUUUCCUGAACUGGGUAAACAGUAGUAUAUCUGCAACUGCUUGAAUGAUAAGUGCAUCAGCCCAUGUACCUUCAAUACACAUAUUAUUCAGAUAUCUUAUCCAUGAAUUUUCGGUAUUGCUCUCAAUAAAUCUCUCAGGAUUGCCUCUCAUAAAUUGAACCCCAGCAGUACGUAUAUGCAUGUGAUGGUUGCUUUUGCCAUAUAAUUGAUGUGAUACAGAUCUAAAGAAACAAUCACCUGCACCGCCAACAUCUAUUGAUUGUAAACAAAGUGCACCUAAUCUUGACUGCAUCAAAUUCUCAGAGGAAAUAGGAGAGUUCAACUGCAUUGGUUGAGGUCACACUAGAGAAAGUUUACUAUAGUAAACUCAAGUUUACCAUAGUAAACGGCGCCGUAAGUGUGACCGGCAUUUUUCAGUUUACAAUGGUAAACUCUACCCUGGUUAAUUUCCAUGAGCCACCGCGGAAAGAACAAAGAUGACCCAUCACCGAUAACCAUCUGGUUACCAAAAAAAAUAGGUGGGUAUAUCUCUAGUCUAUCUAAACUUUGUUUGUUUUGUUGACAGUUUGUCAUGAUUUUUGAGGAAAGUAGUUUCAAAAAGGGUCACAUAACAGAAUAGCUUUAGAACAUCGGUGAUUGCUUUUUCCACAGUGCUUGAAGGUUUCUGUUUCUGUACAUUUCUUCAAACCAUUCCUGGGGUCGAGGUUAAACCCACGCUUGCCUUCGCAAUGCCGCUCUUUCUCUAAGAAUACGUCUUCGAUGAGUAAUCAAUAAACCUGUCACUAAAACAUCUUCACUAACUUCGUAUUCGAAACCAAGGUAGGUAAUAAGGGAGCGCAUUCUUCUUGCUCGUCUGAGCAGCAGAAUUAAAAGCAAAAUGCUCACAACAGAAAACAAUACUCUCUCACAUUGAAGCAUCUUUGUACACUUGUGAGGGUCACGCUCAGGAAGUUACAGUUCAGUAAUUUCAAUUUAGUCAGCUCUCAUAGCAGGUCAUCAUUUGUUUUACUUUUCACUCUCACGUUACCGAUCACACGAGAAAAAACGCCUGGAAAGUUUCAAAUGCCUUUUUAAGUGGACCUGUCAGGUUUACUACGGUAAAGAAGACGUUGCGAGACUUACCAUAGUAAAGCCCUUUUUACCAUAGUAAAGUCUCUAGUGUGACCUCAACCAAUGUUGAGCUGUGAUUUUGCAUAGAAGGUCUAAUUAUUACUUCAUGAUGAUCAGUGUUGUAUUGAGUAGGUCCUGGAUUCUUCUCAACAUCUUUACUUAGUUUGAAAUUCACAUAAUUGGUCAUAUGACUCACACAAUUGCAAGAAAACAAUGAUAAAGAUCGACGUGCUUUACAUUAUUUUUAGUUUCAUUAUCCUGUGAUAAUGCCUGCUAAAGAAAGACAACAAAUAAGCUUUCUUGGGUAUAGCCAUUUUAUUUAAGUUAAUUAUCUUUGGAUCGCGUUUGUUAUUACAUUUAUAUCGUGCAUGAUAAAGUUUUCUCACCUUAUUAACAUAGCGAUGGAGCUUUGAAGUCUUCGGUAUGUCAAUCAUUGAAAUCUUUUUGAAGACAAAUUUUGGUAAGUGUUCGCUUUGAUUCUCGAUAAAUUUCACGAUGGAAGGUUCACUCAAUUUCUCGAUAAGUUUCACAAUGGAAGGUUCAGUCUCAGAAGUGAUCGCUCCUAAAUUUGUCUCUCCAAAUAUUCACUCUUAAAUUUUCGCUCAUAAACUAGUUGGGUUGGGGGAACGUGUCGUUCCCCAAAAAAGCUAUAAUCUUUCUCUUGACUGUCCUCCAUGCCUCUUCUUUUCAAAAUGGCGGAUAAGAUUUCAAUGAGCCAGCGAUAUAUCUCAGUCAGCGAUAUAUCCCUAACAAUGUAACGUUGAAAAAACGGACGGUCUGCAUUUUAAGACCGGUGCCAGCCUUCGGCUGGGCCCCGGUAAUAAGCCCUUGAAAUUACAUAAUAAAUAAAUUAUCCAAGCUAAGAUCUCACCUCGUAUAUAUUGCAUCAAGAAACAAAGCUCAGAUCUGAAUAACUCCGACAUAUGGUUACCUUUCUCUCAUAGAUUAUUCCGCACAUGCAUAGCAUAUUAUUUCUGAGAUGUCACGCGCGACUGAAAUCAUGACUUCGCGCCGCGGUGAUGUGACAAAUGCACGUGAUAAACAAACCGUCCUUUGUCCUUUGUUCAUUUCAAAUUAUUGAACCCGCGGUUGCUGUGAUUGCGGGUGCGCUUGAUUUUACUGUUUGUUACGAUCUUACAAAAGUACAUUUCAACUCUGCGGAUUGUCUGAACACGUAGAUGUUGCUUUUAUCACGAAUCAAAAAUGGGUAUGACUCCUCAGCGACUACUAUGUACUUUGAAAGGUUCUGGUUCAGGUUCUAUUCGAAGCACGCUGUCUUAUGUGUUAAUCCAAGAGUCUUUCAUGUGAGUAUUAUAACACGUUACUAAGACGCUUAAGUAUACGCCAUAUGAGAAACAAAUGAAGGGUAGUAAACAUUUAUAUACUCCCGCCUGUACGGCAAUUUUAGUUUUUACAGGGUUCCAUGCUCAUCCUGGCUGUGUUGCAUGAAUGAUCUCAGUCACUUGGUGUCACGCUCUUUCAUUCUCGCGUAAAUUUGAUGGUGUUAUUCUUAUGUUGUUCUUUAUCAGCCAAUAAUUAAUGUUCAGGUAGUCAGUUUUGGUUUGAAUUGUCAGGAGGUUAUAAAAAAAAACAAGGGUUUGCAAAGUCAGGAUCCUGUUGUAUAUCUGUAGGUCAUCUUGAUUAUUUUGCUAUUCAAGUGUUGCAAAGUGCCUAUUUAGAAUGAAUUGUCUCCUGUCAAAGAGUGAAAUAUAGUAUUUUUAUCGUCUGAAACAUUUACUCCACUCCUACUAAGUCUGAAGGUCGACUUAAACUUAAACUUAUUAGUCUAAGAUCACAUAUCUUUAAUGCACAUUAAUGCUGUUCAAGAGGCAUGCAAAAAAAUGUAAAGCCAACCAAAUUACUCUAGAGAUUCUGAAAUAUUAUGAGAAAAUGCCAAAGUGACCCCAAACCAAACAGUUACCAUGCAGCCCUUCAUAUCUCACCCAGCCCGUGGAUAGAAUCAGGACCAGUGUACAUUACCAAACCUGAUAAUAUGUAUGGGCAAUUAAUAAUCUAUUCAUUGUCAGAUAUCACUGAACGUACCAGAAUCACCAAAUACCCAGUCAUGCCCAUGACACCCUAAAUAAGCCAGCUAUCUCAGUGUCUACUGUUACAAAGGUCAUUAUCAGCUAGAUGUCACAACCAAAAGGCAAAAAAAUGAUCAUGGAGUGAACUAACAAAUACAAUGAUUACCCCCAUCCUAUCCAAUUCAAUAUUUACCAAGACAGCAAAUUGUCUUCAGUGAUUAAAUCACAGAAAAGUAUUAAGAAUACCCAAACUGCCUUAACUGUCUACUGAAGCAUAACAAGAAUGUCCUGCCAUUUAAUUUAUUAAGAGGAGCUUUACUUUUUCUUCCAAAUAAAAUAUUCUCAAAAUAGUUACCAAGGUCGGUCAUUGACAGCUGAUUCUUUCCUUUACCCCUUAAUAACUUGUCCUUCAGUAACGUGUCGUCUUCGGAUAGACAAGGAAUCAGGGAGUAUCCCUGACGUUUCGAAACAAUUGUUGGAAAAUUAAAUUGCGAUUAUACUUAAUGAAAAGUUAACGAUAAAGAAUUUUUACUCGUCACAUUUGUCUUGUUUUAAAAAAACUUUUUACAAGGGCAAACAUAAUAGCAUAUUUGAAACACAUUUGUCCUACAUUUCUUCGAGACAAGUGUAAUAACAGAUUUGUCUCACAUUUGCGACAUUUGUUGGGUGGACAAAUCUGACAUCAGAUUUGUCUUAGAUUUGAAUUUGAGGCAAAUAUCAUCAAAUCCAUUUCCCUUCCAGUAAAAUUAAAACAACCUGUAGAAGCUGGCAAAAAAAAAUUGUCCUUUCUGUUCACAGGGUCUACAGCAACGUCCCAGUUUGGCUAUUAAUCAUAACUAUAACAAAAUUCUCAAAUCUGAUUGGUUCUCAACUGCCCUGAUUUCAGCCUUAAUUGAACAGUUAAAUAGGACAGUACGCGUCAUGCCUAAGUAAUUGGUCGACAGUACGCGCCAUCACGCGCGUGCUUAAAUGGCUUUUUUUUUUCAUUGCUAGCGAAAAAAUCUUGGAAUUUCUUGUGUUUUGAUUUAAAAAGAGCCCUAUAUAUCACAAAUUUUGUUGUGUUUAAACAAAUCGGACUCCCGCUACGCGGUCGUCCGAUUUUGUUAAUCACUCGUAUGAUUACAGACCGAAUUGGACUCCACUCAGUCCUGUUACCAUUACAAAUUAUUAACAAGUCCGCUUUCUGAAUGCUGCAUUCUGUAAUAAGGUUUAAUAGACUGGCAUUUUGAUGAUCACAACGGUCUCUCGUAAUGGUAAGUUACAGAAGUGACCAGAAGUCGGCAUACGGGUUGCAGAAAACGGCUCGGUAGAUCGAGGUGGUUCGAUCUCGGUUCACGCUGGAACCUGAUCGAUGAUAAUGGUAAAGAAUUGUAAAUUGGAGACUGCGAGACUGAGAAACCCUGGUUUUAAAAUUCGAGGCCGUGAUUUAAAAAGUCCGAAACGCACGGAGUCACCUGAAAACGAGACUUCGAGACCGGCAUCACAAACGCUUCUGAGAUCUUCGAAAUCGGGCCAAACUUUUCGCGAGACCCACGUUUUCUGUGUCCCUGAUGAUGUUUUCCUCGCGUUAACCGUUAACAGGUGCGGUUAGAAAACACCGCAUUCACCUACUAAGGAAAACGAGGAGCUAACGUAGCAUUAUCACUGGAAGGAUAAUGGCAAAUGAACGUCAUGUUUUCCUUAUGUUUUGCUGUCAAAUGAAAACCCGCGAAAAACUCUACGUUUGGCCACCGCGGAAAACAACAGAAAACGCUUAGAAAACAACAUGUUCGUCGAUGUUUUUCUAGAGGUGGAAAACCGUAGGUUAAUGACAUGUUUUCCUUGCGUUAACUGUUAACAAAUACAGUAGGAAAAUGCCGCACAAACUGCGCGUUCACCUGGUCUGGAAAAUACAUGUAAACGCCUUGUAAAAUACGGUGUUUGCCUGAGAUUUUCAAGUGCAGGAAAACGCCAAGUUAACUCCCAAUUUUCCUUGGAUUCACACCAGGAAAAUUAGCAAUUUUCGGGAUGUUUUCAGGAGUGGGAAAACAGAUGGUGAAUGCCGAAUUUUCUAGGAUUUACCGUUUUGUAAAAUUAUUGGUAAAUGAGGGUUUUCUUGCCGUGUGAGUAAAGCCGUGAAUAUAAUAAAUAAUGUAAGUUACAUGUAUGUAGAUUAUUAUUUACCGGUAACGUCAGUAACGCAAAUCCCUUUUGAAGCCGAAGAUUGAUAGCCUGUGUACAGACCCCCUCCCCUCCGAUGUUUAUUGAGGGGAGGGGGUCUGUACAUAGGCUAAAGAUUGAUUUCAGCAUUUCUGAAAAAUUCCAUAAGAAUUUCCCGAGAAUACGUAGGGAAAUCAACGUAAAGUAAUCGGCUGAGAGAUAAUUCUCGUGAAGUCCUGGCCGAGGACUGUGUGGAGAAAUUUCGCAGAGGCAAAUCUUACUUUUUCAGGGUAAUUUUCGACGGUUAUGUAGUCAUUUUAUUUCAUGAACUUAAAUGGUAUUUCCAUCCUGUUUUUGUACUGUUUUUAUGCUCUUUCGACCGAUUUUUGUACUGUUUUCAGAAAACUCUAAGGCUAUUUUCUUACAAUUUUAUCCUGUUUUUGCAUUUUUGCAUCCUAUUUUUGAUGUAUUUUCGCAAUAUAUGCGUGCUAUUGCUUUUCUUCUUCUGUGGUAUUUUAAUACUAUUUUCAAAGUAUUUUUAUUGUAUUUGCAAAUACGAGUAUUUUACUAAAUUUCGAGACCGAUUAAACCGCUAUUAAAAUAUAUUUUGAAGCAUAACAUUUUAAUAGCGUUUUAAACAGGUUAAAACACCUUUAAAAUCAGUCGAAAAAUAUAUUAAAAAUAUAUUUUUGUACCUAUUUUAAACCUGUUUUUGUCAAAAUACGUUUAAAAUUGCCAUUAAAAAUAGUUUUAAAAUAGUAUAGCAAAUUAAAAUAUGUUUUUAAAACUGUUUUUAUCCUGUUUUUAUUCCGAUUUAUAAGGUAUUUAAGUGUUAUUGUCAGAAAAAACCGGGCAAUAGCAAAAGAUCGAGGUCGGCCGUUUACCUUCAUGUUUUCACAGUAUGAAAGCUAUCUUAAAAGAUUAACAACCAUGGCAUUUGGAGAAGUAGCCGUUCGAUUUUCUUCGAGAUAUCACUAUUUCGAGAUUUUGGGACCUCCGGCGACCUAAAAAAGCCCAAAUUUUGGCUAACUUUGGGUGAAGUUAAAACAUACUUGGCCAAACUCCCAACAGUUCUUAUAUUUUUUCCAUAACACCUAUCGCUUCGUCAGUCGACUGGAAUAUGUUAAACUUCCUUUGCUUAAAUACUCUAUUUUUUACCUGGUGCUAAAAAUCGCUCCUGAAUCGUUAAUGAGCGUCACCCAAAUUUCAGUCAUUUUCAGUUGACUGUUUUACCGAGAUGCGGCAGUUUAUUUCAAAAGUAAAAUCAUUUUUAGAUGGGUUAUUGUGCUGUUAUCAAAAUCCAGUUUGUUUAAAAUUGGUAUCUAGCAGCAAAUUGGAGAAAAUGGCAUGCGAAGUACAAUAAUAAGCGUCGAGUAUUAAUAUUUCCCGCCAAAUUUUAUAGCGCCACGUUUCGUUCUACUGUGAUUGUGGUUCGUAAAUGUCUUAAAAUAGAUUUUUACGACUUCAGAAGAGAUAAUUGAAAACUUUUAUAUCCCUAAUUACAAGGGAAAACAUUAUAAAUCACCGUAUUGAUAAUAAUCUUUUUAAUAAGCAAGCGAAAUCGUCAAAAAACGAAGCCCAUUUUUCCCGCGAAAGUUUUAAUUUAUUUGUCACGCAGUACAAUAAAGCCGGACUGUAUUCUCAGUUCUGAGCUUUUGACGUUGGCCAGAAAACAAACUUAAAUCAAAUAAUACCAAGAAAAUUCAGAAUUAUCCUAAUUAAAUUACUUCAUCGCUAGAGUUGUCACGAAUUUAAUGAUCGGACGUCACGACAGGUUGAAAACAGAUCAAAAGAUGAAUUGUUCAUUCAGAUCGGAGGAAUCGCCAUGUGGCUUGCGUGGAGUUGGUACGAUUAUUCUGCCGUUACUUGCCUGCAAAAGAGAUAUUACCUUUCAUCUUCUUAGUCUGAAAAUCAGCAUAAAACGUGGUAGAGGAAGCACCGAGGUCAGCGAAACAAAGUUAAUUUUAAACCGUGCAGGUCUUUUGGGUGCUGUUAGCAAUGACGAAAUGCAGACCAUGACAAUCUGUCCCAAGCAUAGGCUGGAUCUUACGACUAACUGGCCGGGUCGUAAAGUCGAAAUAUGUUGUUAGCCAGACCAUGAAGGUACCAAGAGAGGACUUAAACUCCCUAGACGUGUAAACGCUGAUAUGUCAGAGGAAAUCUUUGUUUUAUUCAAUGCUGUGGUUCCUAUUGGCUCAGGUUAGUGUAAUGCAUUCAUUUUUACAGAUUUUCUUUUUUAGCUUAAAGUAGUUCCCACGAUUUGCAUCAAAAGGGUGGAACACGAACGCCCGUAAGCAAGUAUUUCCGACAGAUUGCAGUUUCCCAUGACUGAUGCUUUACUUAAAAAGGGUGGUUUCAUUGUGUCCAAACCGCGUGUACCCAGUGAUAAAGACACCUUAUUGCCAUCAAGCCAAUGGGGAAAAUCAUACUUAAGCCCCGCUAAAAUAUUUUUUCUUACCUUGAACUCUAAUUUUACUGAGAACAUAAACUUUGCGUGCAAAGCUAAUUGAAAGUACAAACAAACGUUUUGCUUCUAAGUUGUCGCAACACCUAUUGUAGUAAUCUGUGCCAGAAGAGUCUUUUCAAGACAACCAAAAAGUAAACUAAAUUAGUAUUGACAGUCUCUUUUUCUUUUGCAACUGUUUUUGAUGAAAAUCCGAGGGUUCGUAAAAACGAAAGUGAACGAACGCAAAGGGCAAACAUAAUUAGAUUACAGUUUCUCCACAGCUGACACUCUUUUUAUUUAUAUAUUCACAAAUGAGGCAUAACAGAAAAAAGGAUAUGAAAAAAAAAUACAGCAAGUUGUUCAACAGGAUAAAAAAGUAUUAACCCAGGAUAAAUUAGUAUUACAGUUUUACAGAAAUUAACAAAAGGUUUAUUUGUUAUAUACUGAAAUAUGGCCUUAGAAAUGGUAAUAAAAUCAAUUACCGUGAAGUAAAAGCAAAAAAGUUACAACAGAGAAAUAGUCUAGUCGGAAGGCAGGGUACCCAUACACCCCUAGGAUAUAUUUUUCUAACUUACAUUUUUGUAAUCCUCAAGAUGUCUUGAAAAAGAAAUUCUAUGUUCCCAUCGCGAAAUAUUGUCCCAAGGCCUUUUUUUCGUGCUCUUUGUGGCGGCCAUCUUGGCAGCCAUCUUGGUUUUCUAAUGAAACUUAAUUGCGGACAAUUAGUUUAUCAAAAGAGGCAAAUAACGUUUAUUUGCGUAUACUUUACUAUAACGAAUACCUUUAAAGUAUAUACGUCCUUUUUUUGACAAAUCAAAUAAAUUUGAAGUAAACAGUGAAAACAAAUUAAGUAUGGUUUACGCUCAGAAUAAAGAAUAAAACUUAACAUUAUAUUCAACUCAGUUUUUUAUGAUUACCUCUAUUAAUUUUUCCAUUUUAAAAAAGGGCAACCACAGAUUAAAAAGAAUCUUAUAAAGUCCAGAAUUGGAUCAAAGCGAAAAUACUAUUAAAUAAGUCACCCUAUUGCCUUCUUAAAUCAGACUAUGCUUCUAGUACUACAAUCCUAAUGUGAAACAGGCCAAGUAGCACAUGAACUUCUAUUAACUGGGACACUGUUUAAUUUACAACCUCAUUUGAAAUGAUUAUCAAAUAUGCAGGGCAUUUUUACGUAUCGCUACUUCUUCUUUUCACUUUAACUUUUAUUCUACACGCCUGUAUAUAAAACCGAAAAAAAAUAUAUGUGAAAAUUUAGAUAGUUUGUACUUUAACUGCGAUUUCAUUUUGAUACUAAUUAAAAAUGCGUUAACUCAUAUUUUCAUAUUAUUUUAAGAAAGAUUUGAACUAUGUUUUGCACUUUUAAGAGUCUAAAUCGUUAAAAAAAAAAAUCACUGUUAGAAUUUUAAGAGAUGAAACGCAAAGGUCACCACGCUAACAGACAAGACUUUCUGCACAAGCGGCCCGCUCUUCGCCGUAUUUUACAUGCGAGUGGCAUUCAUCAUGGCGAUUUCACAGCACUCAGUAAUGUCAAGGGAUCUGCUACUGAGAAGCUUUCCCAAUUACAUGAAGUUCGUGACAGGCGAGUUAUGGAACCUCAUGAUUCACCGAAUCGCAUGGAAGAUGUUUGUUUGCAGAUUCCAGAGAAUCUCGAGGGUGCAAAUUUAGAAGCAAUCCGGCUAUCACCUGUUACCAAAGGUUUACUAAAAACCAGGACAAGUUGAAGUCCAGUGUGACACCUAAUAGUGAAGCCACAACAACAACACGUUCCCCUCGUAAAUCAUCAUCCUCAUCUGCUCCGCAGCUGUUUCCUCCAAAUGCAUUUUCUGUGAAAAGCUUGAACUGAAAUCGUGUGGAAAAACAGAGCAAUGCAUCAAGUUCCCAGUGUUCAAGGACAAAGACGGAGCUCUAAAGGAGCCUACUGGGAAACAGAUUGAGCCUCGAGCCCUCGAGCUUGGCAAUAGUCAUCUUCAUCGCAAAGUACAAGGGGAAGAUUUGUUUGCACGAGAGGCCCAGUUUCACCCGUCCUGUCGCAGUUUGUUUAACUUGAGGUAUUUAAAUCAUCUGCGUGAUACAGCCCGAGCCACAAAAGACGUGAAAAAACCGAAACAGAUCAGAAGGCAUCUGCACAUCUGAAGGCAUUCACUGCCGUGCUUGAUUUUAUUUAAGAUUCCGUUAUUGAGCAGAGAAAAGUUCUGUUGCUUUCUUCUCUACGUGUUCUCUACGUCCAAGAGUUGGAGAAAAAUGUGUCCAUAUGAAGUAACUUAAUCAGGAUAAGUCUUCAUUUUGAUGGCAUUGUUUGAUUUAAGUUUGUUUUCUGGCGACCGUCUGAAAACUGAGAAUAAAGUCUGGCUUUACUCUGUUGCGUGACAAAUAAAUUAAAACUUUCGCGGGAAAAAUGGGCUUCGUGCUUUUGACAUUUUUAGUUGUUUAUUCAGGAGAUUGUUAUCAAAACGGAGAUUUACAAUGUUUAUCCUUGUCAAUAGUGAUAUAAAAGUUUUCAAUUAUCUUUUUAGUGAAGUCAUGAAAGUAUACUUUAAGAUAUCUGCGAGCCACAAUCACAGUAAAACGAAACGUGGCGCUAUAAAAUUUGGCGGGAAAUAUUAAUACUUGACGCUUAUUAUUGUACCUUCGCAUGCCAUUUUUUCCAAUUUGCUGCUAGAUACCAAUUUUAAACAAACUGGAUUUUGAUAACAGCACAAUACGCCAUCUAGAAAUGAUUAUACUUUUGAAAUAAACUGCCGCAUCUCGGUAAAACAGUCAACUGAAAAUGACUGAAAUUUGGGUGACGCUCAUUAACGAUUCAGCAGCGAUUUUUAGCACCAGGUAAAAAAUAAAGUAUUUAAGCAAAGGAAGUUUAACGUAUUCCAGUUGACUAACGAAGCGAUAGGUGUUAUGGAAAAAAUAUAAGAACUAUUGGGAGUUUGGCCAAGUAUGUUUUAACUUCACCCAAAGUUAGCCAAAAUUUGUGCUUUUUUAGGUCGCCGGAGGUCCCAAAAUCUCGAAAUAGUGAUAUCUCGAAGAAAAUCAAACGGCUACUUCUCCAAAUGUCACGGUUGUUCAUCUUUUCAGAUAGCUUUCAUACUGUGAAAACAUGAAGGUAAACGGCCGACCUCGAUCUUUUGCUAUUGCCCGGUUUUUUCUGACAAUAACACUUAAAAACUGUUUUAGACCUGUUUUGAGCCUUUCAAAAGCCCUGGGAUUUUUUUUAUAUUUUAAACGAAUUUUAAAAAACUUUAAAAAUUGUUUUUUAAUAGCAUUUUAAACAGGUUAAAACACCUUUAAAAGCAGUCGAAAAAUACGUUAAAAAUACACUUUUCACUCUAUUUAAAACCUAUUUCAAAAAACAGGUUAAAAACAGUUUUCAAAAAUAGCUUAAAAAUACAUUCAAAACAGUGUUGGAUUUUCAAGUACUGGUGCUGCCUUGUGGGUGGAAUCAGAAGAUAAAAGUCAAUUCAGCGCUUGCAUCUACGAAUACAGCGAUGGCUCAAAUGCCAUCGAGAUAAACUGGAUUGCCCUACAAUCUGCUACCUCUGAAGCACAAAUAGGAACCACUUCCUUGGACUCUUGGACUGCUGGAACAGAAUAUAAGAAGAUCUACUUUCCCCAGGUUAGCGCAAUACACUGUAUGAGCAUAAAAGUGAAAUAACAAACGAUUUACCUCAUGGACUGGACUGAACGGUCGAGAACGUUGUUCGUUCUAAAAGUCCGUGAAAAAAGGUUUUUUGCAUAGUUGGGAGCCUGAUUUCCUUUUUCGAUCUCUUGUAUUUUGGAAUGGCAGUCCCACUAUAACUAACACAUAUUCAGCUGUAUGUUAGGUAUGACGAUUUUGUCAUUCGUUUUGAAGUUUCAUUUCAAGAGGUGCCUCACCGAACUCAAUCGCUCAUCCAUUGAAUGAAUGCCAGAAUAAACAAAGGAAGGAAGGGUCAAGGAAUGGAUGGAUGAAUGAAUGAAUUUUUAUACCUGAUCUCAUUCUUAAAAAAACAUAUCAUGCAGUAACUAGUAAAUAAUUAUUUUAGCACGCGAACAUGCAUGAAGACAAGCAAACAAAAGUCAUAUCAGCAUGAGGAAAUAAACAAACAAAUAAGAAAUGAAUAAAAGGAAAGCAAAGGAAAAGGAAAACAUAUACAAGGUACCUGUGCAGGAAAUAAUCCUCUCAGUCUUCGGAUGUUGGCAGAUAUUUUUGUAGUUCUUUUCUGAAUAAACUUUGAAGACGGAGAUGCCGCAUUGUUGUUUUGGCAACAAUCAGUUCAGUUCCAAGUGGCGGAAUUAACACACGUUCUCGAACAUGCGUGGUAAUGAUAAAUGUCACAUAUUGAAAAAUCGGUAUGUCUCGAACGAUGUGGAAAGGAUUUAAGAAGGAAGGAGGGAAGGAAAUGAUAAUUGAUAAAUUGAUUGAUUCAACGAAUGACUGAACUUUACCUACCAAAGUUGAGCACUGAUCAUGCUACGUAAAUAUAAACUAAAACUUAAAAGUUAGAAGAAUGAAUAACAAGUAACCAUAACAUUCUAAAGAUAGUACGAAUAUGUUGUUGAGAUAAGAGGGGCAAAAGCCAU